UAAUGGCAUAAGUGCGGCCAAGUUUUUAGAAGUGUCAUUUUCGGCGACAUAUGUUUGUCAAUAUUUGACGUUUGAUUUUUUUGUUGGAGCAAGUUACAUAAAAAGAAGGAAUCAUGCUGCGCUCCGCUGCUUCAGCUCUCGUAAACAAAACCCCCAAGCUGUUGGCUACGGGAAUGCCGUCCAGCUUCACAGCCGGUUCGUUUGCUCCAGCCCUUAACACAUUAAUGGUGCGUCGUGAACAACAGACAAUGCCUGUUGUUAAUCCAAAUGAAGCUGUACCCAGAAAACCUUACAGUCCCUUUGGCACCAAACAGUCGAGCAUGGCUGAGUGGACAUUGGCUCGUUUGGAUGAUUUGCUGAAUUGGGGUCGCAAAGGUUCCAUUUGGCCAUUGACUUUCGGUUUGGCUUGUUGUGCCGUUGAAAUGAUGCACAUCGCUGCUCCACGUUACGAUAUGGAUCGUUACGGUGUUGUCUUCCGUGCAUCACCGCGUCAAGCUGAUGUCAUUAUUGUAGCUGGUACUUUGACCAACAAGAUGGCUCCAGCUUUGCGUAAAGUUUACGAUCAAAUGCCUGAACCCCGUUGGGUUAUUUCUAUGGGCAGUUGUGCCAACGGCGGUGGCUACUAUCAUUACUCUUACUCAGUAGUACGUGGGUGCGAUCGUAUUAUCCCCGUAGAUAUCUAUGUUCCCGGCUGUCCACCCACAGCUGAAGCUUUGAUGUAUGGUGUUUUGCAAUUGCAAAAGAAGGUCAAACGUAUGAGAACUUUGCAAAUGUGGUACAGAAAGUAAACGGUGUAAGAAUUUAAUUCUAGUUAAAAAAGCAACCAUAUAGUGUAAUGUAAAUGAAGGAGUUAAAACAAUAAACACACCAACUGUGAAUUUUGUUUAUGAAAUAAAUCUUAUUUCUUUUUUGUGAAAUGAAAAAUCGAUACGAAAUAAACCUCUCUUAAAUAUAGUAAAAAAA